AUGGGGUCGUUUCAGAUACACGCCGAGGUUUCGAGCGUUAUCACAACAACGGACGGUUAUACUACUCUGGCGGCGAUGCUUGAAGACAAUCAUAUGCGCGCGACUGUGACCCCCGGCAGAUUUUGUAUCAUGGGCCAUUCCAUGAUAUCAUACAUGAGCGAAGAUUCGUUUGAUGUUUCUGUGCACUACAGCAACAACCCCUUGAGUGAAGAUGGAAAACAGGUAGUGCGUGCAGUCAGAGAAGCAAAGGAAAGUGAGGACAAGAAGCUGUUUUUAAUGGAUUGGCUCUCAAGAAACGAAGACAUCUGGAAGAAGUCUUCUGAAAGAAGAGCGCACUACAGGCGGAAAAUGCGGAAGGAACUCGAAGAAAAGGCGAAAAAAGAAACUUCACACAAGAAGGAGUAG